AUGUCAACAAGGAACAACCGAAGCACGGGAGGGGCCCCUGAGAAUCGAUCACCAGACAUUGCUCAGCUCAUAGCCCAACAGGUUCGAGAUGCCAUCCCUAGCAUUGUCACUCAAGUUACCGCCAGCAUCGACAACCAUCGAAGAAAUGAUGGAGAUCAGAGUGGCAGUGAUCGAGGAUGCACCUACAAGACUUUUAUGUCAUGUAAGCCUAAGGAGUUUUACGGCAAGGAAGGCGCCAUAGGAUUAUUGUCCUGGUUUGAUAGCAUGGAGUCUGUACUCCAUAUUAGUAAGUGCUCGGAGGAUCGUAAGGUGGAAUAUGCGGCAUGUCAAUUGCAAGGCAGGGUUCUCACUUGGUGGAAUAUCCAAGUGCAAACCAGGGGUCGAGAAGYGGCGUACAAUUUGUCAUGGGAAGAUUUCAAGAAACUACUCAUAGAGGAAUACUGCUCUAAGAGUGAGGUGCAAAAACUGGAAGCAGAAUUCUGGAACCAUACCAUGAAGGGCAUGGAUGUGGACACGUAUACARCACGUUUCCAUGAACUUGCCAAGCUUGUUCCACACAUGGUGACUCCGGAAGAGAAAAGGAUUGAUAGGUACAUUUGGGGACUGGCUCUUGAGAUCCGAGGGAUGGUGACAUCCGCUAACCCCGCUACCAUCCAAAGCGCGGUGGUUUUAGCCGGUCGCUUAACCAACGAUGCUAUUAGAGCAGGAGCAGUAGGCAAGGUGAAUGUAGGUGGGAAAAGGAAGCCGGAAGAUCAACUAGGACGGAAGACCAGUGGUAGUUCGAACCAGAGCUCGCAAUUAGUUAGGAACUUUGGAGUAAGGGCACAAGGGCAAGGAACAUACAUGGGUUCCUUACCAAAAUGUAACAAGUGCAACCGUCACCACCACGGAACUUGUCUUCGGUGUGCAAAGUGUAAUCAGCUAGGACACACCGGACAGUACUGUAGGAAGGAAGGAGAAACUCAUAGUGAAAGGAAGAGAUGCUUCGAAUGUGGAAGCCAGGACCAUUUUAGGGACAGAUGUCCUAAAUUAAGGACAAGACCGAGGAGCAACAUCAGUGGUAGUCAAGGAAGUCGCACCAAUUCAGUGAGUCAGGGAAUGCAAGCUCGGGGAAGGGCUUUUGUGAUUGGAGCUGAAGAGGCACGUCAGGAUCCCAAUGUGGUAACAUGUACGUUUCUUUUAAACGACCAUUAUGCAUCGGUGAUUUUUGACUCUGGUGCCGAUAGAAGUUUUGUUUCCUUAGACUUUAGACCCCUAAUUCACUUAAACUCUAAAAGWCUAGAUGAAGCGUACACUAUAGAAAUGGCUGACAGACGAAAGUUCGAGGCUUGUGAUAUAAUUCCUGAUUGCACUUUAGGCCUAGCUGAUAGGCUGUUUAGUAUAGAUCUCAUUCCGAUCGAGUUAGGAAGUUUUGAUGUAGUUAUAGGCAUGGAUUGGUUGUCACUAAAUAGAGCUCAAAUAGGCUGUUAUGAGAAGGUUGUAAGGAUUCCAUUACAAGGCGGCGAGACACUCAUAGUCCAAGGCCAAACACCUGAGAGAAGCCUUAGGAUGGUAUCCUGUAUGAAGAUUCAUAGCUACUUGAGGAAGAAGUACCUGGCGUUCUUAGCCCAGGUGACAGAAAAGAAACCUGAAGGGAAGAAACUUGAGGACAUUUCGGUAGUACCAUAUUAUCCUGAGGUGUUUCCAGACGAGUUGCCCGGACUACCUCCACCAAGGCAGGUCGAGUUCCAAAUCGACUUAAUUCCUGGAGCAGCACCGGUUGCCAAAGCACCAUACCGCUUAGCACCGGCAGAAAUACAGGAGUUGUCAAACCAAAUACAGAAUUUACUAGAGAAAGGAUUUAUUCAGCUAAGCUCUUCACCCUGGGGAGUACCUGUAUUGUUCGUUAAGAAAAAGGAUGGAUCCCUCAGAAUGUGCAUAGACUAUAGGGAGCUGAACAAGUUGACUAUCAAGAAUCGUUAUCCACUCCCUAGGAUAGACGAUUCGUUUGAUCAGCUUCAAGGCACUAGCUUCUUUUCUAAGAUAGAUCUACGGUCAGGGGUCAGGAUAUCACCAGCUGAGAGUCCAUGUAAAGGAUGUUCCUAA